AUGCCUGCUAUCUGUGGGGUUGAACAAGAAAGGGUAGAAGAGAGUGGAAAGAAGUCAGGGGGAAGUAAUUCUGGGGAAGCUGCUGAUAGGUUGGUUAAUAUGAGCACACAGGGAGAUGAACAUGGUUCAUCUACUGAAGAGACCCUAGCAGACCUGCUGAAAAAGGUUGGUGCAAGCUAUGACCCAAAGAAAUGCAGAACUCCCACACUAAACGCCCCCAGUGUUCCUAAGCCCUCCAAGAAAAGAAAGGCUUCAUCCCCAACAACUACUGAAUUUUCAUUGCCAAAGGGUAGAACUACAAGAAGCAGGGUGAAACAGAGUGAGAGUGAUCUCCAGAAAGCUAUAGCUGAGAGUAAGAAGAAAAAGCUGGCUAAAGAAAAAUGGAAGGUUACAGAGUCCUCAGAGGAUGUGGAGGUUGAGGAGAUGGAACAAGUCCAUCAGGAGGAAGUUCAACCAGUGGAGGUUGCCAAACCUUCACUAGACAAGAGGACAAGGUCUGUUGUGAAAGGAAAACAAGUGAAAAUUUCUGAAGAUGAGGAAUGGAGUGGAGAAGAAGUAGAAGAUGAUAGUGAACAGGACAAGCUUGCCAUGUUUGGCAAAAAAAAGAUCUUGAAGGGUAGACUGCUGAAAGACCUGGUGGAGCCAAGAAUAAUGAGACUUGUGGAUGCCUUCUUUGCUCAGGGGUGA